UGUUCUUCCCAUCAGGUCACACGAAAUGGUUCACGGAACGGAGCGCGCAAAAUGCCCGCCCUACGACAUUGGCAGGACUCAUGCGGAAAAAACGGCAGGCGCAGGUGCCCCAAGUCGGCUGCCAGAAACUGCGCCUGCGCGGGCGUCCUUCCACGCCAGGCGACGCGACGUAAGGCGCCUGCGCAAGGGCCCAGAGCGUCCUCCAGGACUUACCCAGCAGGCAACGCUGCAGCCUCGGGUCAAAAUGGCGAGCAGGCCUGCAGGCCAGCCGGGCUCCCCCGAAGGGUUGAAGGUGGGUCUGCUGUCGGUGAAGGUGCCCGCGGUGCCUCCGAUAGCCCUGCCAUUCCAGCUGCCUGUGCUCGGCAGGCCUUCCGCUCGGCCUUAGAAGUGUUCAAGGACACUAGGAGAUAAUAGUGCGUGACUUUCGACAAAAAUGAACCGAGUGCUUGCCGUGAGUCUAGCCCUGUCGUGUGCGAUAAAUUCUCCUGCCAGUGUGACGAGGGCGGUAUUAGUUUCCCUUUUACGCUGAUCAGGUAACCGAGGCAAAGUGACCGGAGGAAAUAGGUCUGCAAACUUCCUUCCACCCCUCGCCCUUCUCAAACGGAAUUCAGGGCAGCUGAGCCAGUGUUACAGCGAAGCUUCAGAUUAAUUUUUGCUUAUCUGGAACGUCAGCUCGGUCUGUAGAUUUGGAGAAGUUUGUAUUUACUGUAGGCACUAAAACAAACAUACUUAUUAUGCAAUAGAAUACAGAAAUUACCGGAAUAUUUAAAACAGAUCGUGAACACCAAGGAUUUUCCCUCCCCCGCACCUUUUUUGCCGGUCUCUGCCCUCUGGAGGUAUAAAUUGGAGUAGCCUUUAAAUGAUAUUGGCCCCUUUCUCCUCGCCCUCAGCGAUGGUGAAACAUCAGAUUGCCUGAAAAAUCCGUUAAUCUAAAUGACAUUGAACUUUUUGGGGAGUGGGGGAGACAUUUAGGAAUUCGUUGUUUCAUUAAUUCGACAAAUAUAGAAGGCACUCUGCUCUGUCCUGUGUUUGAGAACUAGAUAGACCUGGUCUCGACCCUAUCACUAGCUGGCUCUGAUCUUGGAUAGGAUAAGUUCUGUAAACCUUAUUCUUCUGUGAGGACAGGCGUGUUGUAAAUAAACCGAGCCAAUGUGGGUAAAGCAGAUAGGAUAGUGCCUAGCACACAAGUGUUCAAUGAAUAUUAAUCAUCACCGUCAAUGGCAAAUAUGUAUACAGAUCAUUUGUUUUCUACAAGUAUGUUUGUAGAUUGUUGACUCUUUGGUACUUGUUUUUCUAGGAGCCAUCUUCUACAUGGUGCUUAAUUUUCAAGGAGAUUUACCAAAGCUGUGUAACCUGUGAUAUGCUAAGGAGUAGGGAUGAGGAGGGGUUGGAAUAAAAGAGUUUGCUUUCAUGCCUUGGUGAGAGGCUAGCCCCAGACAAAAUUUUAAAAGAAAAUUUAAA